GACCGGAACGCGAGACUAAAUGAUCCCCAGAGGGGUUUAACGCGCACAACACUUUUCCAACAUGUUUAAACGGGGCUGUGGGCUUGAGUUCCUGUUGGUGCUCUGUGGGUUGGAGCUAUCUUGGUCCUGCCCGCGCCACUGCAUCUGCUACUCGGCUCCCAGCACCGUCAGUUGCCAGGCCCACAACUUCCUGUCUGUCCCUGAAGGCAUUCCCCCCCACAGCGAGCGUAUCUUCCUCCAGAAUAACAAAAUCCACCGGUUGUUGAAAGGCCAUUUUAGUCCCACUACAGUAACACUGUGGAUCUACUCCAACAACAUCACCUAUAUUGAGCCCUCCACCUUUCAAGGGUUCACCCUGUUGGACGAGCUAGACCUUGGAGACAACCGCUACCUGCGUUCUCUAUCCCCAGAGACCUUUCAUGGGCUUAGCCGUCUUCAUGCCCUCCAUCUGUACCGCUGUGGCUUGAGUGCUCUGCCUAAUAACAUCUUCCAGGGCCUUCGUAAUCUGCAGUACUUAUAUCUCCAAGAUAACCACUUAGAGUACCUGCAGGAUGACAUCUUUGUGGACCUACACAACCUGAGCCAUUUGUUUCUUCAUGGGAACCGCCUGUGGAGCCUGCAUCAGAACACCUUCAGAGGGCUGCGUGCUCUGGACAGGCUGCUGCUGCACCACAACCAGCUGCAGUGGGUGGACCGGCUGGCUUUCCAUGACCUGAAGCGCCUCACCACACUAUAUCUGUUCAACAACUCCUUGACAGAGCUAUCUGGUGAGUGCCUGUCCAUGCUUGGUGCUUUGGAAUAUCUUCGUCUCAAUGACAACCCCUGGGAAUGUGACUGCAAGGCUUUGUCUCUGUGGGACUGGCUUAAGAGGUUCCGCGGCUCCACAUCUGCAGUGGGCUGCAUGGCCCCAGCCAGUCUGGCAGGAAAGGACCUAAAGCAGCUGAAGAAAGAAGACUUCCCCAAUUGCUCUGGAUCUGAGUCCCUGCACCAGAGCAAGACUAAGUUGUGGGUUGGAACAGACAAGGUCUCACUGAAGCAAGAGCCUCAACCUGCCCAGCCUCCACAAACACGCCCUCACCACCCCCACCUUGGUGAACAAUUCUCCUCUCUGCCUACACCUUUGCCCCAACCUCCCCCUGCAAUCAAUGGAGUACAGGCAGGAACAGGCGAUUCCCCAAAUGCAGUCACUCCUCAGAGGCCUGGUCGUUCUCGGAACUGCACACGCCAGCGGAGCAGGAGCGGCAAAGGGAAAGGCCCCAACGAGGUUCAUACUUCAAAGGAAAUGGCAGACAAGGAGUUUUCCUCAUCCGACUUCACUGGGAAAUAUGACCACACAUCCCCUGAUAGUUUGACCACACGGAGAAAGAAUAAAUGUACUCCCCGGACCACUGUGCGUCCCCCCAGUGGGGUCCAGCAGGCCACCAACAUGGGCAAUUCCCAGUGGCUCCACCUCCCUCUCUCUAGUAUUGCGGGACUUCUUGUGCUGCUAAGUGCUAGCUUCAUCAUACAGUGAACUUGAUGCUGGUGCAUUGUAGCUAAAUGAAAUCAAUGCAGUUCUCAGAUCCACUCUAGCUCCAGCCUUCCAAGGCCUCUUUACAUGAGUCUCUGUGUGUGCAAGUGCGUGUGUAUGUUUUUGGGUUGGGGCGGGGGGAUUAUUGUGUGUAUGUUUAAUAAUAUGUGUAAAAUACUGUUUAAGGAUCUUUGACAGUUAGACACUGAAAUAGACACACAUGCUUAAGCAUCAUAUGCACAUAUCUGUGAAAUACAUACAUAUGCGUGAAUAUCAGAUGCCUAAUAUGAGCAGGAGGAUGGAAGAUUGAAUUGAAAGAGAAGCAGCCUAAACAUGCUUUCACUGCCAUUGUUGCCAAAAUAUUUUGAUUUACAUCUAGAUGGGUGAUUGUACCCUAAUCACAAAUUAUAGCUAAACAGCAAGACAUGCAAUUGGAAUAUAACAUGCAACUGAAAGGCAGGGUUGCUAAAGUGAAAAUUACUGUAAUACAAAUUAAUGCCAAUUCUAAAUUGUUACAUUCUGACAUAAACUUAACACAUUUACAAUAUUUUUCAUUACCUUUAAUUUCUUAUAUAAGUAAGUUGCAAAAUAUCAUCCAAAAUAAAGUGUAUUUGUAAAUCCAGAAAAGUUUUACCUUUAGCAUGUCCUGAGUUACAUUUGUUGGCAAAACACAUAAUGUUUUUUUUUUCUUUGACAACAACUGAAUGUAAUAAUGCACAUAAUUGCCUCAUCAUUAUGAAAUAUAAUUGCUGUGUAUUCACGUAAUCCCAGACCACGGUGUGCUCAUUAUGGAAAUAAAUUAAUAAGUUGAGAAAGAUACCAUGUAUAACAACAUAGCACAACUUUGUUAUUUUUAGUGAAAUGUGUGACUUCAGCAGAUUAAUUAGGAUUAGCAGACAGAAACUGUUUACUUUCCAAUUUUAUCCUUCUUGUUAUUUUAUUGCAGUAAUGUGCUGCCAAAUAUUCCUUCCUAGAUUCACUGCCACUGAGGGGAAAAAAGGGACUCUUAAAAUGACUUACACUCAGCAUAGAGAACAUUCAGGCUAGAAUCUACUUUAACAUUUUACAGUGAAACACAAUUUGUCAGUUAAAUUGUACAACACACCCACACUGAGUAGAAAAUAUAAAAAUCCCAGAAAAGGCCACGUUGCUGCCCAAA